AGCAGACGGGAGACUGCAGAGGAGAAGGGAUAGGAGUUAAAUAACCCAGUUGUUUUCAAAAUUCAAUCUUCUCUGUUGGCCAUGGCUUCUGCAGCCUGGGAGGAUGAAGACUGGGAGCUGUGCAACGACGACGGUUUCGUUUACAAGAGGAAGAGGAGAAGACAAGAUUUGAGCACCGCGCCACCGGCUAUGGAUCCAGAGGCAGAGCAGAGGCAGCUUAAGGAGAGGAAGAAGAAAGCGCUCCUAAAGUUGAAGGAUCAGUACCAGAGAGAGAUCGAUCAGUGGGAACAUAUGUCCCAAACGCUCCAGGCGAUGGAGAAUAGGACCCAACCUCAACCAUCUUCUUCUCCUCCUCCUCCUCCUGCAUCUUCAUCCAUGGAGUCUGCUCCCAAAUCGGACUCCAGUUUCCGCCAAUUGAUCGACGACCUACUCUUACAGGCGGAAGUGCAAGAAACCAUUCUGCAGGAUCUUUCCAAUUUAUGUGACACGGCGGAAAACUUCUGCAAGGCUGAAGAGGAACGCCUGAAGAAGUCCUUCUUCGACCUUCCCGUAUGGGAAAGCCCCCGCGUCCUCAUGGCUCAUUUAUGUGACGAAUCUGAUGACUGA